UAACUCAGUACCAACAGUGUAGCGGGCGGGUUUGCGCGCCUCCGUCGCCAAUCGCGGCGUAAACAUUUACGUGAACUUCGGAAACUUUGAAAUUAGAACGUACCCUUUUGAAAUUACCGUGAAAGUGAUCCGUUUUUAAUAAACACACUCUAUUGACUAUAAAAACAAUUAUUAAUAACGUUAGAUUGCUUUUAAAAGGUGUUGUCAAUUGUUUAGACACGGCGGGCGGGCAUCAAUUCGCAGAAAUUUGGGUGCGGCACUUCUCUAUUGCUUCAGUGCGAGCUUGGUGCGCUGGCGGCGCUGGCGGCCCGCGCGCGGUAAACGAUCGCCGACCCCCGAGGAUGCGCGCGCGCGCAGUACCACAGCGGAGCGCCGCCCGACCGCGCGCACGAUGCUCAACAUGAAGCUCAAAGAGCGCCUCGCGCUAGCCCUCAGCGCCUUCCUCGUCCUCUUCACCCUCAUGCUGGUGGUCGACCUCCAAAUGGACUAUGGCAUCUCUGGCCACAGGAUACCUUUACAUGGAAGGGUCAAAAUUGGUGAUGACACGGAUAAAGGACGAUCUACGUAUAUUGAAUUUCGGAAACGGUUCCUGCAGAAAAGCAACGCCAGCAAUAGCUCGAAGGAGUACGAGCAAUCAGCGCCGAGCGAGACCAGUGGGGGGGAUGCGGAGCCCAAGACCCCCGCGACCCCCACCGACCGCUUCGAGGACUUACAGAGGAUACUGGUGCUGCAGCUGCAGGGCAAGGCUGACGACAGCCUCGUCGUAGUACCGCCGCAUAGAGACUUGAAUGUCUUGCGACCUGAAAACCCCACAAUCGGGGAAAUGGAAGACUUGGAACCUAGUGUAAAUGCAUCGAAUCUAGAGAAGUUCCAGCUGAAAAUAGCUCAGCACGAGCUGUAUGAAGAUGAAGAGCCUUUGAUAGGAGCUGUACUUCAAGAUAUGGCAACUGCGCCUAUAUUACACGUAGAGCAAAAAGAAGGAGGCACUCAGUUGAAGCUCAUUAUCGACUAUCCGAACGGAGUUCAAGCAUUGUUUAAACCAAUGAGAUUUGCAAGAGAUGUACAAACACUGCCGAACCACUUCUAUUUUUCGGAUUACGAGCGUCAUAACGCCGAAAUUGCAGCGUUUCAUCUCGACAGGAUACUGGGCUUCCGUCGAGCGAUGCCGGUCGUGGGACGAGUCGUGAACAUGACGACCGAGAUCUAUGACGUCACUGAGGGCGACAUCUUGAAGACCUUCUUCGUGUCGCCGGCGAACAACUUCUGCUUCCACGGCAAAUGCUCUUACUACUGCGACACGGGGCACGCGAUUUGUGGCAACCCUGACAUGCUGGAGGGGAGUUUUGCCGCUUUCCUGCCGACCGCAGAUUUGGCUGAGCGUAAGGUGUGGAGACAUCCCUGGAGGAGAUCGUAUCACAAAAGAAGAAAAGCUCAGUGGGAGCUGCAAUCUGAUUACUGUGACACGGUUCGGUCUACUCCUCCGUAUGAUUCGGGCCGUCGUUUGCUGGAUCUAAUGGACAUGUCUAUAUUUGAUUUUCUCACCGGCAACAUGGACAGGCAUCACUAUGAGACGUUCAAGAUGUUUGGCAACGACACGUUCACUUUGCACUUGGAUCAAGGACGUGCUUUUGGAAAAGCCUUUCACGAUGAAUUGAGCAUCCUCGCGCCUCUACUGCAGUGUUGUCUUGUAAGGCACACCACUCUCGCCGUGUUAUUGAAAUUUGCAAGAGAUGUACAAACACUGCCGAACCACUUCUAUUUUUCGGAUUACGAGCGUCAUAACGCCGAAAUUGCAGCGUUUCAUCUCGACAGGAUACUGGGCUUCCGUCGAGCGAUGCCGGUCGUGGGACGAGUCGUGAACAUGACGACCGAGAUCUAUGACGUCACUGAGGGCGACAUCUUGAAGACCUUCUUCGUGUCGCCGGCGAACAACUUCUGCUUCCACGGCAAAUGCUCUUACUACUGCGACACGGGGCACGCGAUUUGUGGCAACCCUGACAUGCUGGAGGGGAGUUUUGCCGCUUUCCUGCCGACCGCAGAUUUGGCUGAGCGUAAGGUGUGGAGACAUCCCUGGAGGAGAUCGUAUCACAAAAGAAGAAAAGCUCAGUGGGAGCUGCAAUCUGAUUACUGUGACACGGUUCGGUCUACUCCUCCGUAUGAUUCGGGCCGUCGUUUGCUGGAUCUAAUGGACAUGUCUAUAUUUGAUUUUCUCACCGGCAACAUGGACAGGCAUCACUAUGAGACGUUCAAGAUGUUUGGCAACGACACGUUCACUUUGCACUUGGAUCAAGGACGUGCUUUUGGAAAAGCCUUUCACGAUGAAUUGAGCAUCCUCGCGCCUCUACUGCAGUGUUGUCUUGUAAGGCACACCACUCUCGCCGUGUUAUUGAAAUACCACAACGGCGUUCCGCUUUCGAAAGUUCUUCACGAAUCAUUAAAACACGAUCCCGUAGAUCCUAUACUGUGGGAGCCUCACCUCACAGCGAUAGAUAGACGGAUUGUGACAGUUUUGGACGCUAUACGGAAAUGUGUAGAGAAAUCCGAAUCCCCAUUGCAAAAUGAGGUAAAUGACUUUAUAUGACCGUAAAUGAAUCGUGAUAGAACUUUUUGAGGAUCGGUGAAUGAAUCGUGAUGACAAUGUGAUAAGUGCUAUGGGGUGCCCGAUUCUAUGGGAAGGUGCAAUUAAUGACUUACUAGUCCAACUCUCUUGUAAUCCUAUAAUAAGAGAGUUUGUCAAUGAAACGGUUGCAAGUCUUUGGUCCAGAAAGACUAUUAGAAUUAAGAUUUUGUGCCAAAGAUUGUCCAAAUGAAAUCUUGAAAUGUAUUCAGCAAUAUAACCAUUCCACUGAAUUAUAAGGAGCCAUGAUGUAUGCCAAAAAAAAGGUUAAAAAAAUUAUUGUACAAAUCAGUUACGCCGUCAAUAAAAUUAAGUAUAAGUGUGUGUUCUUAUUUAUAAGUUUACUUUGUAGAUUUGUUUGUGUAUAUUUUGAAACUUUGUAGAUUUGUUUGUGUAUAUUUUGAAAGUUGUAUCAAUAAGGUCAUCUGCUUAAUAGUUUUGGCUUUCUUUCAAAAUAAUGUAUAAGUAUAUGUUUCUAUUUUACUAUUAUAAUAACUUAUGUGUAUUUUCUGUUCAUUAAUUUAAUUUCUUUUACUUUUUUCUUAGCUGGUCUAAGAUGCAUCGUUUUAUAGAACUUGUGAAUUUAUAUUAAAAACAACGUGCAUAUUUGUGUAAAUAAUAUUUACAAUUGUUUUUCUAUCAAUACAAUAUUUGUGUCUUAAAGUGUUUGAAACACUAGUAAAACUUCUAUUAUAUUGUCAGUUUUAUUAACAUUUGUUAUAUUAUAUGGCACGUUUGUUAUAGGCAUCUUUUUUUUUUAUAUUUACCUCAACAUAUUAUGCACAUACUAUGCUUAUGUAUUGUUAAUAAACAUAAUAUGUCAUAUAUUAGUUAUUGUUUAGUAUGACGUCACAGUUUUCGCUUUAAGGUGUUUAUAGACUUGAGCAUUCACUUGUCACGACAUCUUCAUGAAGAAUAUAUUUAGACGACAAUAUUGACUGGUGGGAGGCUUCGGCCGUGGCUAGUUAACCACCCUACCGACAAAGACAUACCGCCAAGCAAAUUAGCGUUCCGGUACGAUAUCGUGUAGAAAAUGAAAAGGGUGUGGAUUUUGUGGAUUUUCAUCCUCCUAACAGGUUAGCCCGCUUCCAUCUUAGAUUACUUCAUCACUUACCAUCAGGUGAUAUUGUAGUCGAGGGCUAACUUGUAAAACAUAAAAAAGGACGAGCAUCAAAUAGAGCGUUCGUUAGAAUUCUCAAGAUGUUCGUAGCAAUAUUUGGCUCUAUGCUUGGCUCGGCUUAUUGUUCAGUUCGACAAUUAUUAAAUCGGCGAAUGCUCGUUGUUCAGUUACAAGUGAAUGCUCAAGUCUAUCAGCACCUUUAUAGAUUCUACACAAGCACGGUACGAAUGUAUUAAGGAGCAAGGAAAUUUUUAAGAUGCCUUGACAGUUCCAAAUUGAUAUGUAACAAGUAUCUAUAAAAAGUGCACAUGAAUCUGUACAUAAUAAUUAAAAUGCAAUUAUGUUUAGUGAUUAUAUUUAAUUUUAAGACAAUCCUCUUUUCGUUGUGAAUCUGUUACCAUAGCUCGAAGCUCAAGAAGACACAUAUCAUAUAGAUGAGCAGUUGUUACUGCAAGUGAUAUUUAUAAAUAUAUAUGUACCUUCAAGGUAAAAUCAGAUGGGUCCCAUUUACGUAGCGAAUGCAAAUACAUCCCACGCACCGUUGGUAUGUGAUAACUAGCUCUCAUAUUGCUCGCAAGCAUUGCCUUACAAACUAAAAAUAAAAUGUGUAGGGUAUAUAAAGUUGAAAAAAAACAGGACUGAUUUAGUCGUCAUAUUCAAUUUAUUAUUUUUCAAAAACGUUAUAGUCAGCGUCAUUCAGGAUAAUGUGAGGAUCGAGUAACCAGACUUUGAUUUAAAGUCAAUGGUCUUAAAUUGAUCAUUAUCGUUCUUCUAGAUCAGGGGAUCUCAAACUUUCGACUCGAAGUGACAACGAACCCCUUACUAACUAAUAGACCCCCCCCCCCAUCUAAAAAAAAAAAUUAUUUGAAUAAAAGGUAUAAAGUACCAAAAGAAAUGUCUUUAUAAUAUUAAUGUUAUGGGUGUGCUUGUUUCUUGUCGCAAAUGCAUUCAAUGUUAGGAGUAAUUUUGGACAAUUUUAAUCUUAAUUCUGACUUAGUAUCAGUUAUCAAGCCACUAUUACUUAAAUCUUGUCGCGAACAUCCUGCAGUCGAAUGUCAAACCCCUAGGGGUUCGCGUACCCCACUUUGAGAAACCUUGUUGUAGAUUGAAAAAAAGUUAUCGUAUUUUUUCAGUUAGUAUUAUUGUUUAAAUUAAAUAUAAUAUUAUAAGUCUAUAUAUAGGGUACUUACCCUAAUAUGUUAUAUCGCCGAAAAACCAAUGUUAGAUAAUCUCGAAAACGAAAACACGAUGAAAAGCAUUUUAGUGGCUCAGUUUUUGAAUCGUACCUACACCACAGUCUUGUCUAUAUAUUCUGUGCCUACACUCAGUUGUAUAUAGGUAAUUGACAGGCUGAUAUCUUUGAGGCAAUUGGUUUCACUGUAACGCCUAUAUAUUAUUUAUAAACAUGGAUUAAGAUUUAAAACUUAAUUUCCUUCAAAGUAAAGUGAACUUUAAGUAGUAAUUAUUAGUUCCACUUUACUUUAAAAAAAAUGUCGUGUUAUUUUUCUGCGUCAUACGAAGCCUAUACGCAUACAACAAGUCGAGUGUAUCUUGUUGAGGCCUGACUAAUGACUGAAUAAUAUAAUUGAAUGGCAAAUCUUGUUUUUUUUUUUUUGUAAGAAAAAGAUGCUUUACCAAGGCCAUAGAAUCAAUAGAGUAGUCUACUUAACAAUUAGUAGGUACACUAUUGUGGAUUAGGUACAUCAAUCAAUUUUGAAUAUUAUGAUAUACAUAUAUAACUAGGACCAAUCUGGCUUUGCUUGUCCAUUUGUUGUGUUAACUUUUAAGACAUUUUUUGUUCCUUUUUCUGAGGUGUAUACUUUUUAAUUUGUGUAAAAUCUUUUCUAUUUUCAUAUACAAUCUCUUGAUAAUUGAAAAUCUUUCUCGCAUCUGAUCUCAGAUAGAAUCGCGGUUUUUGGAUUAUUAUUUAUUACAGAUCUUUUAUAUUGGUACUUCUUUGUAUAUAUGUAUGCUUUCGAAUAAUUUAAGUAACUGGUAAUUAUUACUUAAAUUAUACUUUUGGUUUAAAUGUGUUAUAGAUAAUCUACUUUUGGAAGUAUGUUUGACUUACUAUAUAAGGUUUUUAAUGUCGUGGUAAGAAGCGAUUUAUAGUACAUAAUAAUUAAAAGAAAGCGUGUCAGUGAGUAAAACAUAAUAGACCAGGCUCUGUGGGGAAUUGAGUGUGUGAUAAAUAAGGAUCACAUUUGGUUUACAGUUUUAAUCACAGAAAAGCAUGCAGUUUAUUUCCUAGAUGUUGCCAGGAGGUUUUUUGGUCCAACUUUUUUAUAUCCUACCUUCAAUAUCGAGUAAAUGGACUAAACAUUAUGCUUUGCAACAAUUUUAUUGCUUGUUUUAUUAAGAAUCUUCAAUUAUUUCUUAUGAUUAAAGUAAAGUUAUAGCUAAUUCACUUAAAAACACAUAAAAAAUAAUAAGAAUCUUCUUAAAACAUACAUCACUCGGAGACUACUGGAUACAUUCAAAUGAAACUUGAUACGAUUUGAGUUUGUAUUACGUUGAAAGUCAUAGGAUACUAAUUUUUGCGAAAAAAAAAUUGGAGGAGUUAUAUUUAAAACUGCAUGGAAAGUCCUACGUCUAGAAGGAAAGCUAAAGAAAAUAACCUUCAGCUUAUACACAUACGCUUAGUCUAUCAUUUUACCACAACAAAACCAAUCAGACUUCCCAGAAUAGAUUGACUAUACGUAGUUAUGAUUGGGCAGUAGAACUGAGAGGCUUAUGUAUUGCGACAUUUGAGAAUAGAUUACUUGCCAAAGAUGUACCUUCAUGAUUGUGUUGAAAUGUUGUAUAGGAUAAUUUGACGCUACUGUAACGCGUGUUUCAGUUGAUUGUUAAUAAAUUUUGAGAAAUUUAA